AUGUCAUAUAAAAAUAUAUCACAUUCUAAUCAAUCUUUCAAUCUUACAAAAAGUAUUAUUAAUCAACAAAUUGGAAUAAAAUUAUCAUCGUCUUCUCAAUCUAUAACAAAAAGAAAAUCGAAAUUAUUAUUUAUUAUUGAUUAUCAAUAUAUUGAUUGGAGAAAAUAUUUUAAAGAUAAAAAAAUCUUUGCUGAUUAUGAUAUUCAUAUUGAACAGGCAGAAUUUAAAGAAAUAAAUUUAUCUGCUUAUUCAAAUAAUGGAAUAUUAAUUAAUAUAAAUAUUUAUCGAAAUGGAAUACAUAUUGUUCGAUCAUUUCGUCCCGAUUUUGUACUUGUUCGACAAUAUGUUAAAGAUGCUAAUGAAGAUUGGAUAAAUAUUAUUCUUGGUAUGCAAUAUGGAGCUGUACCGAGUGUUAAUACAAUGAGAGCAUUGUAUAAUUUUCGAGAUAAACCUUGGGUUUUUGCUGAAUUACUUAGAAUUCAACGACGAUUAGGUGUUGAACAAUUUCCAUUGAUCAAUCAAGCUUAUUAUCCAAACUAUCGAAAAAUGUUUGUUUCACCACCAUUUCCAUCUGUAAUUAAAAUUGGUCAAGCUCAUCAAGGUUUAGGAAAAAUUAUAAUUAAUAAUCACUAUGAUUAUCAUGAAUUGACAAGUCUGAUUGAAAUGAGUAAAUGUUAUUCUACAAUUGAACCAUUUAUUUAUGGACAAUGUGAUAUUUAUAUACAAAAAAUUGGACAUAAUUACAAAGCAUUUAAACGAAAAUCAUUAUCUGAUAAUUGGAAAGCAAACAUUGGUUCAGUUGUCAUUGAACAAAUAGAAUUAACUGAAAGAUAUCGUUUAUGGAUUGAUGAAGUGAGUCAAAUAUUUGGUGGACUUGAUAUAUGUGCUGUUGAAAUAGUUCAAUCAAAUGAUGGAAAAGAAUUUAUUAUUGAUGUAAAUGAUUGUACUAUGCAAUUAGUCGGUGAAACAUAUGAAGAAGAUUAUCAAUCUAUAGCUAAACUUAUUAUACAUAAAAUGGAAAUUUAUUGUCGCCCUAAUCAAGAGUUAACUACUGUGACACGAAUAUCGAGUUUUGAUGAAUUGAAAGAGAUUGCACAAAAUAAACCAUUUCAUGAUUUUUCAAAUGAAAAUAUUCAACAAACAUCACAUACUAUUCAUACUGACGAUACAUUUAGUAAUUUGAAAAAAGCAUUCAAUGAAUUUUUUAGUAACAUGUUAUCUUGA